GUUCCUGGAUUUCGUGUAGCUUCGACCUCGAGCCUCGAGGCAUUGCCCGUCGAGGAAUACGAGCGACUGUUGAAGGAUGUGGCAGGAGGGCGCCCGGAGCUAUCAAGAGCUCCCCCCCUGCAGAACACUCGACCAGGGUCUUCUGCAAGAUAGAAGGGCGAUGAUUUGGACACGAGCGGAAUUGGCAACAUUUCUGCUUCCUAAAUGGACGCCUCGGGUCCCGUGGAGGUGGAAGGGGAAACAGUCGCCGCAUACAAUCUCCAGCUACCCGCCGAGCCUGUCCGAGCCUGUCCGAGCCAGGUGGACGGGAUGACCGGAAGCCGAGCGCCAGAAUACUAUAAAAAGGGACAGUCAGACGAGAGCAUCCAUGGAAAGGCCGUCAGGGUCACGGCGGCAUCGACGGCCGGCCCAUCGCAGGUAUUGCCUAAGUAGGUAGUAGCCUCGCCAGGUUGGUAUACGUCAUUUGCCUUCAUGCGUGACAUGACCGACAGCUAUUACUAUGCGGCCUCGUCCUCCCGAAUUAAAACUAUAUUAAAAUGUCAUGAUGUGCUGCUCGUGCAUGGUUUUCUCCUCUCGCAUCGCGGAUUGAUCCUCGCUACUAUGGCCAGUGUUUCCUACAUGUUAAGCCCGGCGCAAGAGCAGAUCACGACGUCGGCAUUGGCCUUUCGCACGGAAAGUGACCUCUUGUCGCAGAUUCUCUCGGGGGUGAUCCAAAGAGCUCGCCAUAAAGAGCUGGUCUAUACCGACGUCGAGCCCGCCUGGGGCUCCCAUAUCGUCCAGUCGUUAAAUGUCCACGAGGACGAGGAAAGCGCCUGUUCUCGGUUACACUAUAACUCCGUUACCAAGGUCCUGUGGGUGCGGCUGAUGCCCACGGAAAUCCACGCGUGCCAUCAACUCUGGGUGCGCAACGAGAACUACAACUGGAUGGUGUCGGGGCAGUUGACGCUCGAAGAACUGAAGAAACUGCGCACCAAGGUGGGAAUGCCCAUUCGGACGUUCAAGCCCCCUUACGAUAAAUCGUGUAAAGAACCGGACCUCUUCAUCCGACCCGGAACCCAGCGACUGCCCUCCGUCGUGGUGGAAACCGGAUGGGAGGAGGCUUAUCCUCGUCUGCGCAACGAUGUCGAUCUGUGGUUGCUCGGUGGAAGACCCUAUGUCAAGGUCGUGAUGCUGCUGAAAUGGACCCGAACCUCGGACUCCAAGGUCAAAGGGUCGAUCGAGGUCUAUAGCCGCGACUUGACCGGCAUUCCGGCAAAGCGACAGAGCGAGGUCGUGUUUCCUGCCGGGACCGAAGAAGAAGCCGCUGCAAGUCUUCACCUGACCCGUGGCGAGUUGUUCGGGGAGGUCGACACCCCGGGGAGAGACCCCAACGAUGUGUUCCAACUGAGUAUUGAAUCUUUGCGCAUGGUGGCCCGUAAUGCCCUCCAGAUUAUGAAAUUGAGCCCGGCAUGAUUGGCUAAAUUGUACCCAACCAUGCCAAGGGAGUUCGGGACCAGGGUCGGGUGUUCGGUGUCCAUCAACUGUACAGUUAACUUAGGCGUAAUGGAAGGCAAUAUCAUUCAUUGAAUAGCCCA